UGCUGACCUCAUGCAGUACGAGAGACACUUAAGUUCCUACAACGCUGCCAUCGUGCCUUAGUUUCCACAAGCUGAAGUCGAAGUAUGUUACUGUGAAUUGAGUAUUUCCUAGUCAUGCUACCAGGCUAAUGUAGAUUAGUCUUCAUCAUGACUCAUAGCUUGCCAGAUAACAUGAUUUACUGCCAAAGUUAAGAUUUGAACGCAUCUGUUGUAUUAACGUCAGUCUGUGACCAGAUAGGCAGCCAGUGGAGUGCGUAUGGUAGUUAAACUGUGCAAGCCAGUUAAUAACUGUUCUGUUGGUUGGUUACACCUGCUCGCAAAACAAUUCUCACUAUCGGUUUCAUUGAACAUUGUUUGUACAUACAAGGCUAUUUAAUCGAUGAAAGUAUUGCUUGGCAAAUGAGGAACAGAGGACGCGUUUUCAUAAAAGCACCUGAGCUCAUGGGUUUUCCCCCAUCUGUUCCAGUCAUGGAGCAGCGGAGUGGGCUGUAGACCCACUCUGAGCGCAGAGAACAGCAGCAGCCCCUCAUACACAUUCUAAGGUGGGUAUGGUAAAUGCCCGGCGCGUGGAUGAGGAGCAGCAGCUGCAGUGAGGUGGAACAUCGCGGGAACCGCGGUACCGUCUAGCCCCGCCCACCAUGCCCUCGUCCACGCGGAAGGGAGCGCUGAAGGACCCCGAGCUGGCCGACCUCUUCUUCAAAGAUGACCCCGAGGAAGUCUUCUGUGACCUGCACGAGAUCGGCCAUGGCAGCUUUGGGGCCGUCUACUUUGCCAGAAACUCCUACUCCAACGAGGUGGUGGCCAUCAAGAAGAUGUCCUACAAUGGCAAACAGACCACUGAGAAAUGGCAGGACAUCAUUAAGGAGGUCAAGUUUUUGGAACAGCUGCGCCAUCCAAACACCAUUGAGUACAAAGGCUGCUACUUGAAGGAUAACACUGCCUGGCUGGUGAUGGAGUACUGCCUAGGCUCCGCAUCAGAUUUACUAGAGGUUCAUAAGAAACCGCUCCAAGAGGUUGAAAUUGCUGCCAUAACCCAUGGUGCCUUGCUAGGACUGGCUUACCUCCAUUCCCAUAAUAUGAUUCACAGAGAUGUGAAAGCUGGAAACAUCCUGCUAACUGAGCCAGGCCUGGUCAAACUGGCAGACUUCGGCUCUGCCUCAAUCGCCUCUCCUGCCAACUCCUUCGUAGGAACACCUUACUGGAUGGCCCCGGAAGUGAUCCUAGCAAUGGACGAGGGCCAGUAUGAGGGGAAGGUGGACAUCUGGUCCCUGGGAAUCACCUGUAUUGAACUGGCGGAGCGCAAGCCUCCCCUGUUCAACAUGAACGCUAUGAGUGCCUUAUAUCACAUCGCCCAGAACGACUCUCCCACGCUGCAGUCCAACGAGUGGUCGGACCCCUUCCGGAGCUUCGUUGACUACUGCCUACUCAAAAUUCCUCAGGACAGACUCUCGUCGGGGGAGCUGCUGCGACAUGACUUCGUCCGUCGGGAGCGUCCCCCACGGGUCCUCACGGAGCUCAUCCAGAGGACCAAGGAUGCGGUGCGGGAGCUCGACAACCUGCAGUACCGCAAGAUGAAGAAGAUCCUCUACCAGGAGAAACACAACGGACCCAUGGGGGAGAGCCAGGAGGAGGAGGAGGAAUCUGAGCAGGCCAGCUGUAAGAUGAACAGCCUGGGCAGUAAUCACUCCAUCCCCAGCACCUCGGUCAGUACAGGUAGCCAGAGUAGCAGCAUUAACAGCAUGCAGGAGGUCCUAGACGAGAGCUGCUCCGACAUGACCAUGAUGCACCAUGACUACGACAGCACCCUCGAGUCCUCCGCACACACCAAGAAGGACCACGGGUAUAACUGGGAUGAUGGUGUGAAACGUGACCACAGGCCCGAGCUGAGACCAGCCUCCUCAGACAAGAGCCAGGCACACAACUACCGCCACAACAACUUUUCUACCAUCAAAUCAGCAUCGCUGGUGACCAAGCAGAUCCAUGAGCAUGAGCAAGAGAAUGAGCUGCGGGAGCAGAUGUCGGGGUAUAAACGUAUGAGACGGCAGCACCAGAAGCAGCUGAUAGCUCUGGAAAACAAGCUGAAGGCUGAGAUGGAUGAACACAGACUGAAGCUGCAGAAGGAGGUGGAGACCCAGGCCAACAAUGCCUACAUAGAGCUGGAGAAACUGGCUAAGAGACACACCGUCCACUGUGACAAAGAGAUGAAGACGACGUCAGCAGACGAGAAGAAGUUCCAGCAGCAGAUAGUGGCCCAGCAGAAGAAGGAACUCACCACCUUCCUAGAUAACCAGAAGAAGCAGUACAAGCUCUGCAAGGAGAAGAUUAAAGAGGAGAUGAACGAAGACCACCACACCCCUAAGAAGGAGAAGCAGGAGCGUUUGUCGAAGCACAAGGAGAACUUGCAGCACAGCCAGGCUGAGGAGGAGGCCCAUCUCCUCGGCCAACAGAGAGUCUUCUACGACAGGAACUGCAGAGGCUUCAAACGCAAAGUCAUGAUCAAGAGGCAUGAGUUUGAACAGGAGCAGAUACGAGAGGAGCUGAACAAGAAGAAGACCCAGAAGGAGAUGGAGCAUGCCAUGCUGAUCAGACACGAUGAAUCGACCCAGGAGCUGGAGCAUCGUCAGCUGAAGACCCUUCAGAAGCUCCGCAUGGACCUGAUCCGCCUUCAGCACCAGACAGAACUGGAGAACCAGAUAGAGUACAACAACCGCCGCGAGAGAGAGCUCCACCGCAAACACGUCCUGGAGCUACGGCAGCAGCCCAAGAACCUCAAGGCCAUGGAGCUGCAGAUUAAGAAGCAGUUCCAGGACACGUGUAAGGUCCAGACCAAGCAGUACAAGGCCCUGAGACACCACCAGAUGGAGGUUACGCCCAAGAGCGAGCACAAGACGGUGCUCAAGGCCCUGAAGGAGGAGCAGACCAGGAAACUGGCCAUCCUAGCUGAGCAGUACGAACAGAGCAUCAACGAGAUGAUGGCAUCGCAGGCGCUGCGUCUGGACGAGGCCCAGGAAGCCGAGUGCCAGGCUCUGAGGCAGCAGCUGCAGCAGGAGAUGGAGCUGCUGAAUGCCUACCAGAGUAAGAUCAAGAUGCAGACCGAGGCCCAGCACGACAGAGAGCAGCAGAAGCUGGAGCAGAAGGUUUCGCUGCGCAGAGCCCACCUCGAACAAAAGAUUGAAGAGGAGCUGGCUUCCCUUCAGAAGGAGCGUACAGAGAGGAUCAAGCACCUGCUGGAUCGCCAGGAGAGAGAGAUCGACACGUUCGACAUGGAGAGCCUCCGACUGGGCUUUGGUAAUCUGGGGGCCCUGGACCCCCCCAAGGAUGACUACAGAUGACUAGGUCAGCCCUGGUGACCUCGUCUUCGUCGUCUGGUGUGACGACCCUCCUGUUCCUCCUCAGCCUCGUGACCUGGUCUGGUUUUGGUUGGACCGGGCAGUUAGGGUCUUUAGCUACUGAUUCCCACACACACAGCUACACACAUAAAUGUGUGUACACACACACACACCAGCCACAUACAAACCAGCCCAGUGCCUGCGCUGGUCAAUAGCCAACGGGCCCCCCUCUCUCGUGGUGUCCGUCACAAGAUGACAAAAAAAUGCUGGAUAACUUCCGAGGUUGUCUUUGUUUUAAAGAAUAACAUUACAUUGUCACGGUGUUCCUGUUUCUUGUGCAAUGAUGACACUUUUAGUGUAACUGAAAGUGGAAACCAGAGGGAGAGAAUAAGAGGACAAUAGGAGUGAAUAGUAUUGUGUUGCUCAAUGAUCAUGCAUUAGAGGUUAAUAAUUUGUUCAAGCUGUGCAAAAACCUAAAGCCGAAAAACUAAAAACAAACUGGUCCUCCUUCUGCAGCCUUAUUGUCUUCUUGUCCCUGCUUCCAGUUCCUUCAACUCUUUUUGCUUUUUAUAUUCAUCAGGAAAUUUUUAUGGAAAAUUUAAAGCAAUUUGAUAGGUUGAGAACAUGUUUAAAGUCAUAGUCUACGUAAUGGUACAGUAAAUAAAUGUGAAUCCUCCUUUGGAGAGAAUUUGAUUAUUCACUUGACAUGAGACACUGAAGAGGGAGACUUGCAAUGCACCCUGAUACCACUGUAUCAUACUGAUUCUCUGCACUGGCAGGUAAUGUGAAUACCACAUGGUUGAGUCAUGACACACUAUUCCCUAUGUAGUGCAGUACUUUUGGGGCUCUGGUUAGUGCACGAUAUAGGAUAUAAAAUAGUGCACUAUGUAGGGAAUAGGGUGUCAUUCCAGACACAGACACAUGUGAAUCCCUACUCCCAGGUAGCACAAAGGGCUUUGUCGGGGCUUGGGGAGGGACAUGUAUUUUGUGUAUAGAAGGAUUUUUUUUGGAGAGCUUUUACUUAUUUUCGUAUUGUACUAUUUUAACUGUUACUCAAAUCGAUUUAAAAUAAUAAUAAUGACAUUUUUCUCCUUCCUCUUCGUUCAGUAUUUGAAAGUUGAAUCAAUCGGGCAAUGGGUUUCUUGCUCUGACAUUUCCAACUGAAAUGAAUCCUUAUUUUUGCUGUAACCUCCACACUCUACAAGCUGUGUAUUUUCUUAUAAACCAGAUGAGUAAAAUAAAUGCUUUAUUAUUGCAUGCACUUUAAUUUAGUUUUUCAGGAUUAAGAGAGAGCAUGAGUCUGUCAUCCAAGCUUUUAAUUAUAUUUGUAAAUAAAGUGCUCAUCACACAAAG